UGUCCCCUGCGCAGGGAAGGCGGCGCCGGGCGCCGAGGUGGGCGUGCUGCUCUGCGACGUGGGCGACGAGGGCUCGCUGGCCGCCAUGGCGAAGCAGACGCGGCUGGUGCUCAACUGCGUGGGCCCGUACAGAUUUUUUGGAGAACCUGUGGUAAAAGCUUGUGUUGAAAAUGGUGCAAGCUGCAUUGACAUCAGUGGAGAACCUCAGUUUCUGGAAGGAAUGUACCUGAAAUACAACGAAAAGGCUGCAGAGAAGGGAGUCUACAUCAUUGGAAGUUGUGGCUUUGACUCUAUACCAGCAGAUAUGGGAGUACUGUUCACCAGAGACAAGUUGAAAGGUACCUUAACAGCCGUGGAAAGUUUUUUGACAGUGAAAUCUGGACCUGAGGGCGCCUGCAUACAUGAUGGGACCUGGAAGUCGGCUAUUUACGGCCUUUCAGAUCAAGACAAUCUGAAGAAGCUUCGAAAACAGAUAGGAUAUACCCCAGUUCCAGUCAUUGGUGCAAAACUUAAAAGAAGAGGCCUUGUGUUUUACAGUCAGGAAUUCAGAGAGUACUCCAUUCCAUUCAUGGGAUCUGAUGUUUCAGUAGUGAAGCGCUCUCAGCGUUACUUGCACACACAGCUGCAAGAAACACCAGUGCAGUAUGCUGCUUAUGCAAACGUAGGUGGUCUGGGCUCUGUUAUGAAGCUGAUGUUUGCUGGCCUUUUAUUUCUUCUUCUUGUGAAAUUUAGUCUUGGAAGAAAACUUCUGAUAAAAUACCCAGAAUUUUUCUCUGCUGGCCGCUUCACAAAGAAAGGACCAACCCAGAAACAGAUGGAUGAAACUUCCUUCACAAUGACCUUUUUUGGUGAGGGCUACAGUGAGGGGCAAGACCCCCAGAAGGGCAAACCCAAUGUGAAGAUCUGCACCCAAGUGAAAGGGCCAGAGCCUGGCUAUAUUGCUACACCAAUUGCAAUGGUGCAAGCAGGUGUGGCUCUGCUGGAAGAAGCAGCUUGUCUGCCUGCACAAGGUGGUGUCUACUCUCCAGGAGCUGCUUUCUCUAAAACAAAACUGAUCGAGCGCCUCAACAAACGGGGUUUGGAGUUUUCGGUUAUUACCAAGCCUGAAGUCUGAAGUCAAACCCUAAACUGCAUAAAUUAACAUCUGUGUCUAAUUCCAAGAAAGCUUAUUUGGAUGUUAACGCCUAAUCAUAAAAUAAUGAGUUUAACUGUGCUGUUGUUUAUGGCAGAAACAGAAGAAAAAAAGGGUUAAAAAUAAUAAUAGUAGUUGCUAUAGUGAGUAAACCCUUUAUGGAUACUGAAUUUUAAUUUAUGAACCUACUAAAAAGUCAGUGAUUGAUCAGAUGUUAGUCCCAGUAUUUUGUUUAAUCUUUCAGCUUAAGCUGCAGAACAGCAGCAUAAGUUUAAACUAUUACCACUGUAGAAUCUACUUGACACUUUCCCACGGCCGUCCUCCCCCUCCACCAAACUGCUUAAAGCAGGAAGCCCUGGAUAACAAGUGCCUUAGCAGUUACUCUUCAUGCCUGCUCAGGAUAGGCACUGUUACUUACUGUGGGGAUCUUAAUUUUAAACUUUGGCAUCCAUAUAAACUAAAACUAAGCCUUUGUUUCACUUUAAAGAUCAGCUAACUAUACUACUGUAUUACAGUUUGUUGGCUUUUGGCCUUGCUAGCAUUCCUGGAGUGAGCUGUACGCAGAGAGAGGGAGAGAAAACAGAGAAGCUGGGGCUUGUCACUGAGACCUUGUUGCUGUCCUAUAGAGCAGGGGAAGACCCGGUGCAGUUUCAUCCUGUCAAGGGAACACACCGUUCUAGCAGCACACACGCAGUGGGCAAAGCACCUUAAGGAAAUCACAGUUGCAGUGUAGCUCUUUCCCGUAGCAGACUUGCCAAAGUAGGGACUGUAAGAAGUGAACGACCUGUUCGGUGGUCUGAGCUGUGCUGAAACAAGCCCUGCCUUUGUUUGUAAAUAUUAAAUUUCUCUUAUAAGUCUAUACCUGGCCCUUUGUGAUGUGGUUAAACAAUAACUUGCCUAACAGGAGCGUUUCUUUUUCAAUAGAUAUUAUCACACAUACAUACAUAUCUGUAUUAUCAGGACAGUUCUGAUAACUUAUCCUUGCAACUUGAUAGAAUCAGAACAUUUUACAGAGUAGGCAGUUCAGAAAUAAUAUAAAUUCAUUUUUUAAUCUUAUCCCAAAUCAGAUACACAUAGUCAUUUGUAGAGGACUGAAGAAUGGUAAACAAACAUGCUGAGGGAGUGGGUAAACCAUUUGCUUUAGCUGUGAUGUAUAUACUUGUUCAUUACAGAAUUUAACCACA